AUGACUGGCGACAACUCAACCAUAACAGGAUGCAGCACACACUGUGCCUUGAACGAUGAUGAUUUAUCGUGUUGGAAUUCGACGGCAAACUUUUUUACCAAGCUGUUGAUUGGACAGCUACGGCAUUACAUUGCUGUUCAGGUAGAUAUAGAUCAAUGGCAUCGACGACAUGGCAAACCUGAUGGUCAAGACAUGGAUACCGUUGCAGCAUCGAUUGAAGAGUCCUUCUUUAACGAGCUUCAUCCGAAGGACAUACUAACAAAUACGACUGUUAUCAAAGUUGCUAAAGUGCUCAGUGAUAGGAUUCGAGACGUGUCAGAUCACGUCAUUACGUGGGUGCCGCAUUUUCAGUGCCCGGUUCCAUGUGAAUACCGUUACAAUAAUUACAAGAACUUAUUCAUAGCAUCGAUGGUUUUAAAUAUUUGCCUUGUACUGGCCGUCAUACCAUUUAUGAUACGCCUUAUUCGCCAUGAACAUGAGUGGGGUAGUGAAUCGCGAUUGAUAUCCACUUGA